CCGGUGCGCGUCAUCGAGUGCAAUCCCGCGACGUUACGCCGUUCUCAUCGUCUGCGAGACAUCUGCGUGUAGUACCAGCACUGCUGCUUCCGGCGUACAACUGGAUAACCCGAGAGAUGACGCGUUUCGCAAUCAUGCUGUUCGGCCUGGCGAGCCUGGCCGCGGCCAAGCCCGCUUUCCUGUCCGUACCUUUGACAUACGCGACACCCCUGAUACCCGGUACGCAAGUCGGCGGCGCCAACGGCGGUGCAUCGGACGCACCGGAAAGCGUGGCCACGCACAUCGACGGGAGAACGGGGAUGGUGAACGGAGCUACGAGCUCGGUCCCGGUUGGAUCCCGGUCGCUGCGAGAACGACAGUCUUCCGCGCCGCUCGGCGCCGACGGCAGGGUCGUGGACACGCCGGAAGUCGCGGCCGCGAAGGCGGCACACGCGGCCGCGCACGUCAACGAGAGGAUCAGCUUGGCGAACGAGGUAGCGAGGUCCAGCGGCACUCUAUUGGCUUCGCCUGACGUCGUCGCCGCCGGCGAACCAGCAGACGGCAAAGUCCCGGACGCGCCGGAAGCCGCGGCCGCCCGCGCGAAUGAGAGGAUCGACCUGGCGAGUGGAGCCGCGACGGCCGGCGACGUCGAUCUUGCGCGGCGCGUCGCGUACGGACGUGCCGUGGUGCCGUUGGUGCUCGGCAACGGCGUCGUCGCCGCCGCUCUGGUGCCCGUCGGCCCCGACGGCAGCCCGCCGUCGGAAGUGGCCACACGCGACGAGGAGAGUCCGGCGAGCGACGCCGUGAGAUCCGUCGAUGCCCUGGCGAUCGCCGGUCCGGCGCUCGCUUACGGCAGAUUGCUCUACUGAGACAGAUUUCGCCGCUUGAAAAGCACCAAGAGCUUAACUUUGCACGCAACUUUCUGCGGAAUUUCUGAUGAUAGUCUGUUAGGCGCACACGGAUCGUUUCUUCGACCAAAAAAAAAAAAAAAAUAUGAAGAGCUCGACGAAAUAAAAAUAGAAUAGUUUAGCGCUUAAUUAUCUGUUUCUUGCUUGCAUAAUUGUUAUUUUUACUCAAAAUGUAUGUUCUGUAUACUAGGUGUGCAAAAAUAAAUAAUACACAAAUGUGAACGCA